AUGUUCGGACUUCCACAACAACCACCCUCUGAGGAGGAAAAAAAGAUUCAUCAACAGCAAUCUAAUCAGACAUUGAUCACUGCAGGCUACGCAGCUGCUCUUCUAUGGGUUUCUCCAAUGGUUUGGCAUUUCAUCAAGAGGCAAUGGAAAUAA